UGCAUUGGCUACUCUUGCUUGUUUUGAUUGCUUACCUUUUUAUUGGCCAUAAACUAGAGAGAAGAAUUGGCUCCAGGAAAUGGUCACACCCACGAAGAAGAGUUCCAAGAAAGAUAAAGGCCCUGGUGGAUCUAUGGAGCAAGGUUUUGGAGCGAGGUCACAACAGCACAAAUCUUCCAAGAGCAUUACUUCCACCUCACAUUCAAGACUGCAAAAGAUGUGAAGAGCUCCACACCAAGAUGGACAAUCGUGGAAAGAAUGGUGAAUUGCCUCCUUGGAACCUAUGGAAAGAUCUUGUGGAUGACAAUAUUUCCUCAAAUUCUUCUCUAGCCAUACCAUGGGUUCAUGGCGGUGAUGACGAUAAUCUCCCUCUAACAAGGCUUGUCCAGCAGGAUUUGUGGCUGCAUCAACACCCCAAAAACUGCAGCAAUGCAAGAUUCCUCUUGGCCCACUGGCACAGCCAGACCGCACCUAUUGGUGUUGGAUCUCAGAUGGUUUUUCUUUCAGCAAUUCUUUCCUCAGCUGUGAGUGAGGGGAGAGUUUUUGUUACACUGCCCUUCUCUGGAGCAGAUCAUGAGGGAUGCACUGGGUCAAAUCACUUGAGGUGGUCUUGCUACUUUGCUCCAGAGGCCGCUAAGGAAUGCAUUCACAGAGUUUUGGAGCUUUAUUCAGAUGAGUCUGCUUGGAAAUCAGGGAUAUUGAAACGCUCAGACAAUGUUUUUGAUCCAUGGGCUGGUGUACCAAAACAUUGGGGAGAGCCUUGGAAGAAAAUGCAACCAACAGAAGAGCUUGAUGGAAAUCUCAUUGCAAACACCAAUGAGACCAAUGAACGAGUAUGGUGGAGAGCUCAGGCAUAUCGCUAUCUUCUGCGCUUUCCCAGUGAAUACUUAUGCAACUUACUUAACCAAGCCAGGCAUCGAGCAUUCGGAGUAAAUGCCGCUGAAAAGGUCAUGUUGUCUAUUACAAAAGAUUGGCAGCUCAAUUCAUCCCAGCCAGACGAUGCAAAAGUGUGGGUUCCACGACCCAUCGUGAGCGUGCAUGUAAGGCAAGGGGAUAAAAGCUACGAGAUGACCCUCCAUCCUUUGAAGGAUUACAUGAACCUCGCCAACGCUUUGCGAAGAAAGUUUCCGGAAUUGCACAGCGUGUGGCUCUCCACGGAAAUGCAGACUGUGGUUGACGAAUCCGACGAGUUCACAGACUGGGAGUUCUACUUCACGGAAGUGAGGAGGCAAUAUGGCACAAUGCACAUGACCGAAUAUAUGGAAUCUCUAGGUACCAAGACAGCAUUUGACAACAGCUUUAUCAACUUGGUGAUGGCUCUCGAGGCUGAUUUCUUUGUGGGCGCUUUGGGAUCAAGCUGGAGUUACGCCAUCAAUUGCUUGAGAUUGACUGGUGGCAAACUCAAGGCUGGUUUUCUCACAGUCAAUAUUAAUACAGUAUUAUAG